CCGCUAAAACCUCUUUUAUAUCCCUUCUUUCUCCUUUCUCCGUUCUCGUCUACAGAUAUCCUCAUUUUUUCAUCUCCCUUCAAUCCUUACCCUGUUUCUUCUUGCAAUUCUAUCCAGAUCUCCGUUUUUCACCAAUUGCUCCACUUUUCGCCUUCAAUUUUCCACCGUUUUUUUUGAAAUUUUAAUGGGGUUUGAGAGGUCUUUGGCUGAUCGCAAGGGGAAACAGUUUUUUGAAUUGCCCAAAGAAACUACUAAGAACAAUAAAUCCAGGAAGAAUCGGCGGCGCUCUAAGAAACCCUCCUCGCCGAUUCAGAAACUUUACGAGACAUGUAAGCAAGUAUUUGCCUCUACUGAAACUGGAAUUGUUCCCUCUCUUGAGGAUAUCCAACGCCUGCAAUCUGUUCUCGAUAAAAUGAAGGCAGUAGAUGUCGGGUUGUCGCCGGAGAUGCCGUAUUUUCGUACCACAGCUGAUGAAGGGACUCCUCCUAUAACGUAUUUGCACCUCUAUGAGAACAACAAAUUCUCCAUGGGGAUAUUUUGCCUGCCUCCUUCAGGUGUCAUUCCACUUCACAACCAUCCUGGAAUGACAGUCUUCAGCAAGCUUCUCUUUGGGACUAUGCACAUCAAAGCGUAUGAUUGGGCAGAGGUCGGUGCCGAGAAUGGCAUAUUAGCGAGUGUCGAUGCUUCAAACGGCACAGCUCCCUCAAGUAUUAGGUUGGCCAAAGUUAAGGUAGAUGCCAACUUCACAGCACCAUGCGACUCGACCAUUCUCUACCCUGCAGAUGGUGGAAACAUGCAUUGCUUCACAGCCGUGACAGCAUGUGCAGUGUUAGAUGUACUUGGCCCACCUUACUCUGAUCACGACGGUCGUCAUUGCUCAUAUUACCUCGACUUUCCCUUCACCAAAUUUUCAGCAGUGGAUGGGAAAUCGAUCCCAGAAGCAGAGAGGGAAAGCUAUGCUUGGCUUGAAGAAAGAGAGCAACCUGAAGACUUAGCAGCCGUUGGAGCAGAGUACAUAGGGCCUAAGAUAGUAGAGAGUAGGUGAAUUCUGCAAACAAAUCUUGUUCAUUUGAUACAAAAUAUGCUGUUCAUGGAUUGGGACUGCCACCUCUUCUGUGCAGCAUAUAAUCUUUGUUUUAGUUUUGAUCUUCCUUGUAUAUAGUUAAGUUAGAUAGUGAUAAGCAAAAAGAAGUAUGGAUUUGUUAUGUUCUUCCAAUAACUAUUCCAGUUUGUUCAUGUUUUAACAGAUGCACUUCAAAAAAAUGAGAAAAAAACACAAAAUGAAAGGCUUCUUUCCAGAU